AGAUAAGCCAGCCGUGGACGUCUGAUCUGCCCAUCCGUGGACGAUUGUGUCAGUAUUUAACUGACCAUCCAUUUGUUUGUGCCACUCUUGUCAAAGGUAGGCCAGGAUUGUCCCAUCGGUUAACGUUGUUUAUUGAAGAAACAAGACAAGACAUGUCGCUGGAAGAAAUGAUUGUCUGCAAAAUAACAACGGUGGUGAUUUUAUUGACGCAAUAUGUGUUAGGUAAGUAAGGAUCGAGGCAUUUAGUAUCUUAAACAGUUUUCCAACUUGAGACUGCACUGCGUCAUAUUGUAAUUCAGCUAUUUCUCAUAUUAUAUAUAUUAAGUUUAUGUAGCUAUUUAUUAUAUAAAAUUUUAACUCCAUAAAUACAAGUAUUUACCAUAUUAGUUUGCACUUAAGCUAUACAAGCGAUGUCCCAUAACUUGUUUUAACUCAACCAUUUAGCCAUUUCUCAUAUUUUUAACUCAAGUUAUAAACCUUUCUUAUUAUUUUACAACUGCAAAGUAUACACAUAAACACAAAUAUCUAAUCGUUGUAGGCAAAUAUGCACUAAAGUCUGACUUCAUUUUGUUCAGCUUCAGACCUCGUGAUGCAAUCUAACUCUCCAGUCAUACACCCAGUACUCACCAAAACACUGAGGCUGCGAUGUUCCAUCUACAAAGAGAACCCAAACCUAGCCGCUCUAACUCGUGCGUCCUCCGAGCGAGAAGUCGCAAAUUUGGAUGAAACCGACGUGGCUUACGAUGAUGGCAUACUAACGAACAACGUAACCAAUACGUCAGUAGUGGUUACUGCACCAGCAGCUGCCACCACACCCUCCCCACUCAGCGUUUCUUCUGGUGUUGACGUCGUUCACGUCAUGACCGUCAUCAUCAACAAAAAUAUUUCGGGUAAGAACACCACCAUCGCCAGUGUGACGCCCUUCAACGUGGCGGCGGCACUUCAUCCUUUCAACGAAACAACUCUCGUGGAGGGCGGCGUCAUGACUGGCUCCGACGCUGACCUGCAGGCCUACCUCGAGGUGACGUGGCCGAAUCCAAGGGAAGAAGACGCGGGAACCUACAGCUGCGAAGUCGUCGCUCUCGCAGCUCAAGGUCUUCCGAUGUCCUUGACGUCGACGCUGAGGGUCACGGCCGAGGAGCCGAAAUUUCACGACGUCGUCAACUAUCUCGUCAGUCACGAGAAACAAAUCACGAAACUUCACCAAGAGAGCGAGGACAUGAAGCGUCAAUUACACGAGUUCCAAUCCAACAGCAGCCUAGUCUCACAGAGCCUUCAGGUUAGGCUGAAUACACUGGACAACAUUCAAACGGGGACCUUUUCCUGUUCAAGUCCCAUUUUCAUUCGGUUUGAGAAACCGUACGCCUCGAUCCCGAUAGUAUUCCCUACGCUGACCAGCCUCGUCCAGACGUCCAGUAAUUCUUCCUCCACCUUCCAGAUCAAACUCACGCAAGUGGGACCAACAGGGUUCACGGCCGACUGCGGAUACACGGGCUACUUCCUACCAGAGUUUCAGUGGCUUGCCAUUGGUCAGUGAAUCGGGAAAAAUGUGGAACAUGAAUUUGUAAUAGUGUAUGCGAACUAUGCAGCAGAUUUAUGAAAACGAUUUUUCUAAUGUAUCUUAUCAAAUUUUCUAUAUGUCGAUCACUAAUCUAAAUUGUAUAAAGUAAAAAUAAAAAACGAUUAAAAUGUCUGCAAAUGUCUUUUUCGAUACUUAUUAUUCAAGUUCUAUAAGAUUAUAUAUAUUAGUCCGG